AUGGGCGUCUCGCAUCUACACCAUCGUAGCGCGAGGCAGACGGCGCGGCUGAGGCAGAUCAUGAUUAUAUCCGUCAUCUGUCUCGCCAUCUACUGCUUCCUGCUCGUACCCGAUGAGAGCUUGGAUGGCUCACGGUCGAUACAUCCAGAAGCAUACCGGUCCCAAUCCCAGCACACACAUGAGGCGCAGAGGAAAGGGGAGAGUCGCAACACUCUCCCCGCAGAUCUCCUAAGCAAUCGCUUCCUGACUGAGGAUCGAUGUCGCGCGAGCUUUCCCGGUUUGUUAGAUGAGGUAGAUAACGAGGUAGCGAAAGGCCCGUUCAAGCUUGAGCGACGGGAGAAUGAUCUCGGACCGCUCGUGGCGCGAAUCCAAGAUGGCCAGCUCUACAUCCUCUCAGCGGCUCGCAAAACCGAUCUAAGCAGAGACAUGCUCGCGCACCGCUCCGCAACACUCCAUGCAAUCUCCAACGCACUCCUAACCUGGCCUCGUCCACCCUCCUCCUCCUCCUCCUCCUCCUCCUCCUCAUUAUCCCCCUACUCACACAUCCCCAACACCAUCUUCGCCUUCAACCACCACGACGAUCCCCUCCCAAACACAUUCUCCUACUCGCGGCCCGGGGACCCAAUCCUCCAGUCCACACCCUCCGGUGUUCCAAAGCGCUUCUUCCCAAUCCCUCACUUCAGCUUCUACGCCUGGCCCUUGCCAUUCAUAGGCUCGAUGCACAGCGCAUCACAACGCAUCACCCUCCUCGAAUCCUCACUGCCUUUCUCUGAAAAGGAUCCCCGCGCGGUAUGGCGCGGGACAACAUGGUUUAAUAAUCCGCGCGCGGGGCGUCUGCGGCAGAACCUCGUGCGGGCCUUCGGGACGAGCGAAGAGAAUGCAAAUCAUGACCCUAGGAAAGAGAAGGUCAGGCAAUGGGCGGAUAUCGAAUCCCUCGAUUGGUCUUCUAGUAAUAAGGGAGAGAAAGGGGGUAGGAGGGGUAUGAAUACCGGGGAGCGCAACGCGAGCAACGCGUUGCGCAUCGAGGACUUCUGCAAGUAUAAAUACAUCAUCCACACCGAGGGCGUGACGUACAGCGGACGCUUCCAGUUCCACAACCUCUGCGCGAGCGUCGUGCUCUCGCCCCCGUUGGCGUGGAUGCAGCACGUCACGCACCUCUUGCGUCCCGUGUUCAGUUACACGCUCGACCCCCAGGCGCUCGAUUCUCCCUCCUCCCCCUUUUCUUCUUCUUCUUCUUCUUCUUCUUCUUCUUCUUCUUCUUCUUCUUCUUCUUCUUCUUCCUCAUCCCGCUCGCUCUUCUCCUUCUUUUCUUCACAGCGAUCAAGCGAAAAUGCAAACGAGAAAGGUGUGAGAAACAACGACAAAUCUACUGCUCCCGGUCUCCCUCGCACCCCCAUCGACCUCGGCCCCCGCGAGAAAUCCCCCCCGUUAUCGCCGUAUCCGGCGCCGUGGGUGCGCGCCGCAUGGCCGACGGAGCACGACGUCUCGGAGGCGAACAUCGUCUUCGUGGCGCCGGACUGGAGCGAUUUAGAGGCGACCGUGGCCUGGCUGGAAGCGCAUCCGCGGAUCGCCGAGGGUAUCGCGAAGCGGCAGCGCGCGUUGUUCGCGGACGGCGGAUACUUCAGUGCCGCGGCUGAAAUGUGUUAUUGGCGGGGUUUGAUCCGGGGUUGGAGCGAGGUUGUGCGUUUCGACGAUGGGGAAUUUAAUGAUUUGGAAGGGAUGACGUGGGAGGAGUUUUCACUGAAGGAGAUUCACAAGUAA